AUGUGUAGAGUUUGUAGGAGUUUAAUAACUGUUGUUAUGCCGUGCCCCAUCAGCCGGCUUUCGAAAGAGCUAAAAGAAGUUCAGCGUGACCCUGACAAUGAUGUUGUGCUAAAGCUGGCGGAAUCAAAUAAUUUAUUUUCAUGGGAAGCGGUGUUAGAUGGACCUCCAGACACACCGUAUGAAGGUGGUAGUUUUUGUCUUCGUUUACAAAUACCACCGGAUUACCCAAUGGUGCCUCCCGUUGCGUGGUUUGUGACGAAAGUUUUUCAUCCUAAUGUUAACUUCGAUACGGGCGCUGUGUGCCUUGAUAUUUUGAAAAGUCGGUGGUCUCCUGCGUGGACUAUUUCCAGUGUUUGUCGUGCAAUCAUUAGUUUGCUAACGGAACCUGACGCCAGAAGCCCCUUCAACUGCGACGCGGGAAAUUUGCUACGCGCAGGAGACGUAAUGGGUUAUAACUCACUUGCACGUAUGUAUGCUAUUACUGAAGCUGGUGCACCACCUUUCAAUGAUGGGGAGUAG